UUCAGAAAAUUUAUACUGUCGUUAUCCCCGAAGUUUGUUUACAGUCUCAGCUGAGAACACACCGCCGCAGCGGUAUUUAUAAGAAGAUGGCAAAUAAACUUCUGAGAACUCUGCUGCGGCAGCCGAUUUCAACACGAGGCUUUAUUCUUUCACCUCCUUUCUUAUGUGAUAUUAAUUCACACAAUAAACCAUCGGCAGGAAAACUGAAAUAUUGCUCGAUGGCUGAGAUUUUACAAAACAAUGAUAUAGAUGUAAAAGCAAGGAGCUCUGACAUAUCCAGAGAGUUACAGGAUAAGGGUAUCAACAGGUUUUCAGAAGGACAGAUUGAAUCUAUAUACCAACUGCUUUUAGAUUUAGGCAUCAAAGCAAAAACAAUUGACAGUCAGCUGGUAGAAACACCUGACAUCCUGAACUACCCAGCAGAGAAAUGGAACAGUAUAUGUGAAGUUUUUGUAGAAAAUGGAAUAUCAAGCUAUAACAUCUUUAAAAGUAUUGUAAUGUACCCAGAGCUACUACAACAACGGCCAUCAAGGCUUAGGGAUAUUCUCCUGCAAAAUAGAGCAAUAACUAUUGGGAAAGAAAAUGUCCUGCAACUCAUUCAGAGGUAUCCAGUCCUCUAUUUAGUACCUCCAAGCAAAAUCAAGAAGCGACUUGCACUCUUAAAUACCAUGUUUGCCCCAACAGAAUCAAGGCCAUUGAUUAGAAAUAACCCAAACAUUCUUUGUGAUGAUUGGCAAGAUGUUUCAGACAAGAUGAUGUACAUUCACACAGAAAUGGGGCUAGAGCAGCCACAGAUCUCUGCUAGUCAGGCCUUACAGAAGUCUCUUAUGCACAUCAAAACUCGACAUUUGUUCCUAAGCAGGGCAGGUCUCUAUGUGAAACCCAACUUGCUGCGAGAUAAAAUGAGCCACAGGAGAAACCCAUCCUUGUCAGAUAUCAUUGAUACUUCAAACAGAUUUUUUGCAAAUAAAGUUGCCAAAUUAUCUGAGGAAGAAUAUAAAGUUUUUAGUGAGAUGAUAAGAGAAGAAUUAAGUUCAUCGCAAAGUGACUCUGAUGACAGCGAGGAUGAAGAAUAUCACACAGAUAUAUAAUUCUGGCUGUUCUGUUCCUAAAUAGAAAUCUGUAAAUAUUUAUACAAUGAAAUAGAUUUUUGUUGUAGAUGAUUGUAAAUAAACUCAUAUACAUUA